GUCUGCCUCCACUGCCCCGCCCCUCAGCAGCAACAGCCGGACAGGAGCCUAUAAAGCCGCUCUCUGAGUCCGGAGACAGAGACACAGCAGAGACAGACUCCACAGAUGGGACUCCGAAACAACUAGCAGCUUCUUCCUACUUCCAGCCAUCCGCACCUUGCACCGCAUCCUCUUCCUUAAGGUUUCCAUUUUCCAUCUUUGAGCGGUUUUCCACCUGAGGUCGGAGAAAAUGGCAGCGAUUCCAUCAACCGGCUCCCUCAUCGCCACACAUGAUUACUACAGACGGCGCCUCGGUUCCAACUCCAGCAACAGCUCCUGUGGCAGCUCCGAGUUCACCGGAGAGGUCAUUCCCCACCCCCCAGGACUUCAGAGACAAGACUCUGGCCACUGGUGGACUUCAUUUUUCUUUGCAAAGCAGAACCAGCCCGGCAUGCAGAAUGGAGCCGAGUCCCAGAAGAACAGCACGUACACAGUGGCUAACGGCCAGGUGACCUGUGUGGCUCGGGAAAUGGUUUUAAAAAGACAGGUCAGCGAGAGCGGCGACGACAGGAAGUCAGAAACACCUAACCCUCCCCCACCCUCCUCCUGAGCCAGCCCACACUCCCCCUCUUUCCCCCACCCUGCGUCCUGCAAAGAUGACGAUGAUGAAGGUGUUCGUCACUUUUAGUCGAUGCUUUGUCCUUUUUUCCUCUGUAUAGAAUAUUUUCAUUAUGACCAAAAGUUUAAAAAAAGUAUGUAAAACGUUUUUUCAUUUUGUGACUUUACACUGUUAAAAAUAAUAAUUAAUAAAAUGCUUUCAAUCAGAAA